AUGUUUCUUUCGAAAGCAGUAAAUUAGUUCACUAGUAAUUCUUGUGUUUAAAUUGGAGCCUCCAACAUGCCCCGGGAGCUACCACAUCAGUUUCUCCUUGAGCAAAACGAGCGCUUGAUGCGAAAUUACAAGGUUUAUGAGCAUUUUCGGGCGGACGCACACAGGCCCAUGAUUACUCUGAAAUUUUAUUCAAAAUACGACACCGAAGCGCCACUUAAGGACAGCGAUGAAACCAAACUUGAAAAAUAUGAAAAAUUAGUCGAGCGGACAAGAAGGGCUGGACCCCGAGCGCGAAAUCCUUACCCUGAAACUGAAAAUCAAGUCUAUGGAUGGGAAAGCGAAAGAGGGUGCUUCCGAGAACUUGACGGAGAAGAUCUCAGAGUCUUACAUCAUCCACUAUUGCGGACUGACCUGACGGAGAUCGGAUUGAGGAUUAUGCAGGAUAAGGUGACAGAAAGGCCACCUUGGACUGGAAAGCCUUUUAUAACGAGGGUGGCAUGAGGAGAGGUAGACAUGUUUCAGGUUAGAUUAGAGUUGAGAAAUGUUGGAUGUUUAAAAAUUGUUUACUGUGUUUGCUGUUUUAA